AUGAGUCACAGUGGAGGACACAGUAGUGGCUGCCGCCUAAACACAUCGGUAGGGUUCGAAAGCAGAAAAUCUGGUCCUGCCAGCAACGACAGGGCGAGGCAAGAGAGGGGUGCGAUUGUUCAAAGUUUGAAUAGAACAGGAUCAAACGACUCUGAAUUAGAGGCUGGAGAAGAAGAAGAAGAAGUGGACUCUGCCGGUCGAGUAGAAGUCGGCCUGUCAAGUCAUUCUUGUCUGUCCGAGUUGGGGCCGCUAUUUGAGCCCACCUCAGGGGGCUUACACAUGUCCCAUCAAUCUCAGCAUCCUAUACAACCAACAGAUCAGACGUCUCAUGAGCAUUUGCCCUUACACCACCACCGCCAUCUGCACAGCCACCAACAACAGAAUGCUUUUCAGCACUCAUCAAGCACUGCCGCAGAGACCGACGUUAUAGUAAGCCCACAGACGGUUUUACAGGUGCAAUCCAUGACGCAUCCGCACCAUGUCUUCACUCCGACCCAAUCAGCUCAUCUGAACCCAGCGACUGCUGCAGCUGCCGCGGCUGCGGCCUACCUACAGCCACAGGGUGUGAUGCGGCCGAAGUCUGGAGCCGCCACAACUACCUACAUGCCGGCCGAAAUGCAGGCAGCAGCUGCAGCUGCAGCCCUGGCUUUACAUGGCAGUGCCGCAGCUGCUUCCAUUGCCGCCGCUGGAGGCAUGGGUAGCCAUGGUGAUGUUGUCGGAGGCAACAACAGUAGCGGUGGCUCUACAACUGGAGGCAGCCUAUCCUGUGGGACAGUUGGCCUGUUGCCAAAUGGACAUUCUUGUUCGGUACCGCACGCCUAUCCAGGAACCUCUAAUGCGGCCACGGCAGCUGCAGCGGCGGCGGCAGCGGCAGCAGCAGCCCUGUCCAAUGGUUGUCUAUUAUCAGCCGACUUUCACGCAGCUGCCGCCAGAUUCGAAGAUGAAGGUGAGUGCUCAACAAUCUCAAUAUGCUGGUGA